CCUAGUCCAAGUCCUAGUCCAAGUCCUAGUCCAAGUCCUAGUCCAAGUCCUAGUCCAAGUCCUAGUCCAAGUCCUAGUUCAAGUCCUAGUCCAAGUCCUAGUCCAAGUCCUAGUCCAAGUCCUAGUCCAAGUCCUAGUCCAAGUCCUAGUCCAAGUCCUAGUCCAAGUCCUAGUCCAAGUCCUAGUCCAAGUCCUAGUCCAAGUCCUAGUCCAAGUCCUAGUCCAAGUCCUAGUCCAAGUCCUAGUCCAAGUCCUAGUCCAAGUCCUAGUCCA